GCGGCAGCUCCGGGCCGGGCGGCAGGAAUGCGGAACCGGCGCGCGGGCUGAGGCGGCCCAGGAUGGCGCAGGGGCGGCGGCGGGCGGCCUGCGUGGGGCCCUAGCGCGGCGGGGUGGACGCUCCCAGCCCCCGCCCGGCCCCGGCCCGGGCAUCGCGAGCCAUGGCCAGGGAGCAGCGGAGGGCCCUCCUGGAGCUGCUGCAGCGGCCGGGAAACGCGCAGUGCGCCGACUGCGGCGCCCCCGACCCUGACUGGGCCUCUUACACCCUCGGCGUAUUCAUCUGCCUGAGCUGCUCCGGGAUCCAUCGCAACAUCCCCCAGGUCAGCAAGGUCAAGUCCGUCCGCCUGGAUACCUGGGAGGAGCCCCAAGUGGAGUUCAUGGCCUUGCAUGGGAACGACGCUGCGAGAGCCGCGUAUGAGUCCCAAGUGCCGUCCUUCCACUACCGGCCCACGUUUUCCGACUGUCACCUCCUGCGGGAGCAGUGGAUCCGGGCCAAGUACGAGCGGCAGGAGUUCACCAACCCCGAGAGGCAGGAGCCCUACUCUGCAGGAUACCGAGAGGGCUUUCUCUGGAAGCGUGGCCGGGACAAUGGGCAGUUUUUAAGCCGGAAGUUUGUGCUGACUGAACGAGAGGGGGCCCUGAAGUAUUUCAACAGAAAUGACGCCAAGGAGCCCAAGGCCAUCAUGAAAAUCGAGCAUCUGAAUGCGACCUUUCAGCCUGCCAAGAUAGGCCACCCGCACGGCCUGCAGAUCACAUACCUGAGGGACAACAGCACACGAAACAUCUUCACUUACCACGAGGACGGGAAGGAGAUGGUGCACUGGUUCAACGCGCUCCGCGCCGCCCGCUUCCACUACCUGCAAGUGGCCUUCCCGGGAGCCAGCGACACAGACCUGGUGCCGAAGCUGACAAGGAACUAUCUGAAGGAAGGCUACAUGGAGAAAACGGGGCCCAAGGGCCCUGCAUCAGGCCAACCGGCUGGUCCCUGGCACACUGACCCACAGCAAACGGAAGGCUUCCGGAAGCGCUGGUUCACCAUGGACGACAGGCGGCUCAUGUACUUCAAAGACCCGCUGGACGCCUUUGCCCGAGGGGAGGUCUUCAUCGGCAGCAGGGAGAGCGGCUACACGGUGCUGGACAGGCUCCCGCCGUCCACCCAGGGCCACCAUUGGCCACACGGCAUCACCAUCGUCACGCCGGAGCGCAGGUUCCUGCUGGCCUGUGAGACGGAGUCGGAGCAGCGGGCGUGGCUGGACGCUUUCCGGAAGGUGGUGGACAGGCCCAUGCUGCCCCAGGAGUACGCAGGGUGGACGCCUGUCCCUCUUCCAGUGGAAGCCCACUUCAAGCAUAAACCCUAACCUGGGGACAGUCCUGGAGGUGCGAGGCGGCGGCGGCUGGACCGUGGAGGCAUGUGGACGGCGGGAGCGGCUCCUGGCCCCUGGCCUGAUGGGAGCCCUGGACACAGCCAGAUGGAGCCUGAGCUUAGCCACUGGGACCUUUUCUGUGGCACCUCACUGUGGGCCAGCCCGGCCUGGCCUCUGAGCCGGUCCUGCCGCCCCCAGGACACCUCGGCCCCACUUCACACCCCGUCCACUGGACCCCUCUCUCCCGCUGACGGCCUCGUCUCCGGCUCAGGGCAGCCUGACGCCCCUCACUCCCGCACCCUGCCACCCACUCACCC